GCUGUUCUGAUGUAUAUAAAGCUGUAGCUGGUAGACUACCAGACUAUCAACACCAAUAUCAUUUAUUCUUUCAUUCAUACAUUCGCUUUGCAAACAGUCAUUCGCUUAAACAUGUUGAAUCAAUCCCCCCAGAAUUACAAUCGUUCGCUGGAUCCAGAGUCUGGGCACCUUCUCGAGGAGAGACCUCCAUCCCCUCCAGAAUACGACACAAAGCUGAUAACCUGGUCAUCCCCUACCGACCCAACAAACCCUCUCAACUGGAGCCUGAGUCGAAAAUGGUCUGCUACACUGCUGGUCUCCUGCUUCACCUUCAUCUCCCCGGUAUCCUCUACAAUGGUCGCACCAGCCCUCGACCAGAUAGCCGCCGACUUCAACAUCACCUCCGGAAUCGAGCAGUACCUCGUCAUGUCGAUCUUCCUACUCGCAUACGCGCUGGGCCCCUUUAUCCUGGCCCCGCUGUCGGAGAUGUACGGGCGGGUUGUGGUUCUGCAGUCUGCCAAUAUGGUAUACCUGGUGUUUAACACGGUCUGUGGGUUUGCCACUUCGAAGCAGCAGAUGCUUGCGUUUCGGUUUCUGAGUGGGCUUGGGGGGAGUGCGCCGCAGGCUAUUGGCGGAGGAGUCUUGAGUGACUGCUGGAGGAAGAAUGAGCGAGGAUCUGCCACCGCUGUAUACAGUGUGAUGCCAUUCAUAGGUCCUGCAGUUGGACCGAUAGCCGGUGGAUAUCUCACGCAGUACAUGUCGUGGCGGUGGAUAUUCUGGAUCGUAUCCAUGGCCGACGCCGUAGUGCAGAUUCUAUCCUUCCUGUUCCUGCGCGAGACAUACGCGCCCAAGAUCCUGGCAAAGAAAAAGAAGAAGCUGCAGAAGGAAACAGGGAACCAGAUGCUUUAUACGGAAUACGAUGAGCCGGAUCGCACAUUCGCCCAGCUUCUGCGGAAGAACCUCGUCAGACCGUUUCGGAUGCUGUUUACCCAGCCUGCUAUCCAGGCUAUUGCGCUUUACCGCGGGUAUCAGUAUGGACUGAUGUAUCUUGUUCUGGCUUCGUUCCCUACGGUGUGGGAGGGUGUGUACAACGAGAGUAAAGGGACGGCGAGUUUGAACUAUCUUUCUCUCGGAGUUGGGUUUGUUAUUGGGCUCCAGUUCUGCGGCCGUCUUAUUGAUAUUGUAUAUCAACGCCUCGCGAAGCACUACAACAACAGCGGCAUGCCGGAAUACCGCGUCCCCCUCAUGAUCCCCGGCGGGCUGCUCGUCCCCGUCGGCCUCUUCAUCUACGGCUGGACAGCAGAAUACCAAACGCACUGGAUAGUGCCCAACAUUGGCGCCGCUCUCUUCGCUAUCGGGCUGAUCAUAACCUUCCAAUGCUGCCAGACCUAUGUGAUUGAUGCGUAUACCAGGUACGCAGCCAGUGCGACGGGCGUUACGGCGUUUGUGCGUACAAUGGCGGGAUUCAGUUUCCCGCUUUUUGCGGAUGGGCUGUAUAGGGCUCUGGGGCUGGGGUGGGGGAAUAGUUUGCUUGGAUUUAUUAGUCUGGGGAUGGGGGUUGUGGCGCCGGCGAUGUUGUGGUUUUGGGGGGAGUGGAUGAGGGAGAAGAGUCCGUAUUGUGCGGGGGAUGAGACGAGUCGUGUUUAG